AUGUAUUAUCUGAAUGGAACAAAGGGAAUGCAUCUGACGCUGAGUGCAAAAGACUUGCGAACUUUCAAAUGGUAUAUUGAUGCAUCAUUUCCAGUGCAUCCAGAUUUCAGAAGUCACACUGGAGGUGUAUUGACUAUGGGUGAAGGAGGAUUACAAAUAAUCUCGAAGAAGCAGAAGCUGAACAGUCAAAGUUCAACAGAAGCCAAAUUGAUUGGUGUUGAUGAUGCUGCGACACAGAUAUUGUGGACAAAAUUGUUUGUGGAAGCACAAGGUUAUCCUGGUGAAGAGAACAUCCCAUAUCUGGAUAACAAGAGUUCUAUUCUAUCGGAAGAGAAUGGACAUGAUAGUGCCGGAAAGCAAAGCCGAGCUUUGAACAUUUGA